AUGGCACCUUUUGAAGCUUUGUACGGUCGUCGUUGUCGUAAUCCAUCCUACGCAGAUCUUAAGAGGAAACCUGAUGAGUUCGCCGUAGGGGAUUAUGUGUUGUUGAGAGUUUCACCGAUGAAGGGAGUCAUGAGGUUUGGCAACAAGGGCAAGUUGAGUCCAAAGUUUAUAGGACCUUAUGAGUUGAAGAGAUAUGUUCCCGAUAAAUCUCAUGUGCUAGACCCCGAGCCCUUGGACCUUGAUGAGAAUUUAUCUUAUGAAGAGAAGCCUAUCAAGAUAUUAGAUUUUAAGGUGCGUAGUACGAGGAGAAAAGAUAUAAAGAUGGUGAAAGGUCUAUGGGCUAACCAGCGCACACAGGAGGGUGUUGAGUUAAUUGAGAUGAUUAUGAAUGCUCGAAACGAAAUAUGUAUGAAUAUUUGGAUAGAGUGA